AUAAGUGACUUUUUUAUGAAUAUUAUUGUCCAAGACACUUCAUCAUCUUUUAUUGUCAACAGUGACUUAACGCAUUUAAUGUCUUUAAAUGUAAUUGAUGAAAAAGUGUGUAAGAGUUUUAUUUGUGCUUGUGUAGUAUAUAUAUAUGUACAUAAAGCUCGGAAGAGUGAGAGAGAGAGAGAGAAGGUGAAGGUACAUACGCGAGCCUGUCAACCGGCCACAGCAAGCGACAAUGCUCGAUGUGAGAUAAAACCUACUGGAACUUAUACUCUCACUGAUCGAGGGACAACAAACAGGAGCCCAAACGCAGCAAGAGAAUGGCAAAUAAAAUUUAUUUAA